GGCCUAAACCAGUACUAAUAUUCCAUAUAUGUCUCCUAAAAACUACAAAAGAAGUCAUUCUAAGCUCACUGCCUUUUGAAGAGCCCUUUGUAUACAGUGCCCAAAAUGGUGUGAACCUUUUUGGCCAGAGCCUGGAGGGUCAACUCAUGCCCAAUCCCCUUGCUUCUAAACUGCUGUGUUUUAAUUGCUGACUCCAAUUUUACAGCCAAGCCAGUUAGUAGGGCUGGUCAAGCGUGAGGAGCUUGGAGGCCUAGAACACAACACUCAAUUCAGCCUGAGAAAAACAGGAAGCCUCUCCUGUCAGAACUUCCCUGUGAGAACUAUGCCUAGACAACAACUGUCACAAGUCCGAGAGAUGGAUGUUGUAGUUCUGUAGUUCCCUGGGCACACCAGCAAGCACCUGAAUCUCUAUCUGAUGGAGGACUGGCAGAGUGGCUCAGGAGAAUGGAAUUUUAAAAGUGACUAUUUCACUCCUCAUUCAAUUUAGUGAGCAUUAUUGCCCACUUCAGUCUCUGAAGUGCUUAGUAAAUAACUCCUUUAGGGUUGAAAGGAUGUUGUUGGGUCCAAAGCCCAAGAAGCUGCAAGGUUUACUCCAGGCACUCUAAACCAGAUGGAUAAAGUGUGAAACAGCCUGAACUUAUUUACAUAUGAAAUGCAAACAUGCACUUACCCUCAGGCCUCCAGAUCUGAUUAUUAGCUUAUUGGUAACCAAGCCCAAAUACACCAGGAAACAAAAACAAAAAAGCCUUAGGGUGCUGAAUGAGGCUUUUACAAAAAAAAUUUAGAACGUCCACCUCUUUUUUUAUUUCACUGCACCUCAAAAAAAUACCAAUCAUCCAAAAAUUAAAAUAUUCUGCUUUGGAGGAGCUCAAAUUUCAUAAAAGCCUCCCAAUAAUAUUCCUUCAGAACCUCUGUGAAGGACUUCGCUGGUGAUACAGUGGUUAAGAAUCCUCCUGCCAAUGCAGGAGACAAGGGUUCGAGCCCUGGGCUGGGAAAAUCCCACAUGCCGCGGAGCAACUAAGCCCGUGUGCCACAACUAGUGAGCCUGCGCUCUAGGGCCCGUGAGCCACAAUUACUGAAGCCCGUGCGCCUAGAGCCCGUGCUCCGCAACAAGAGAAGCCACCACUAUGAGAAGCCCGCACACCACAACAGAGUAACCCCCACACACCCUGCUCUUCACAAGAGCAAGCCCACGCGCAGCAACGAAAACCCAACAGAGCCAAAAAUAAAUAAAUUUAUGAAAAAAAAAAACCUCUGUGAAGCCUUUCCUUUCGGCGGAGUGCGGUGGCAAGAUGGCCGUGCAGAUUUCCAGAAGAGGAAGUUUGUCACUGACAGCAUAUUCAAAGCUGAACUGAAUGAGUUUCUCACUCGGGAGCUGGCUGAAGAUGGGUACUCUGGAGUUGAGGUCCGAGUUACACCAACCAGGACAGAAAUCAUUAUCUUGGCCACCAGGACACAGAAUGUUCUUGGUCGGAAGGGCCGAUGGAUCCAGGAAUUGACUGCUGUGCUUCAGAAGAGAUUUGGCUUCCCUGAGGGCAGUGAAGAGCUUUAUGCCGAAAAGUUGGCCAUAAGCGGUCUGUGCGCCAUUGCCCAGGCAGAGUCUCUGCAUUACAAACCCCUAGGAGGCCUCGUUGUGUGGAGGACCUGCUAUGGUGUGCUGUGGUUCAUCAUGGAGAGUGGGGCCGAAGGCUGCGAGGUCGUGGUGCAUGGGAAACUCCGAGGACAGAGGGCUAAAUCCAUGAAGUUUGUGGAUGGCCUAAUGAUCCACAGUGGGGACCCUGUUAACUACUAUGUUAAUACCACCAUGCGCCACAUGCUGCUCAGACAGGGUGUAUUGGGCAUCAAGGUAAAGAUCAUGCUGCCUUGGGACCCACCUGGUAAGAAUGGCCCUAAGAAGCCCCUGCCUGAUCACGUGAGCAUUGUGGAACCCAAAGAUGAAAUACUGCCCACCACCCCCAUCUCCAAGCAGAAGGGUGGGAAGCCAGAGCCACCUGCCGUGCCCCAGCCAGUACCCACAGCAUAAUAGGGUCUCCUUGGCUGCUGGAUCUGCAGUCUGGAUGUUGCUCUAUAAAGACCUUUAAUAAAAUCUUUUUAAA